AUGAGGAAAUUCCACCCGCCCGGGGCCUGCGCCGCCGGCAGCGCUCCCCGGGGAGCCCGGCCCUGGCAGCGCUGGCACCGCCCGUGCCCCCUGCCCAGCCCUCCCGGCCCCGUGCCCCCCGCCAGGCCCCCCCAGGACAUCAGCCUGGAGGAGUUCGAUGACGAGGACCUGUCGGAGAUCACGGACGACUGCGGCAUCGGCCUCAACUACGACUCGGACCACUACGAGAAGGACUGCCUGGUGCUGGAGCGCGGGGAGCAGCCGCACCCCGUGUGCACCUUCCAGGACGACUUCCAGGAGUUCGAGAUGAUCGACGACAACGACGACGACGACGACGAGGAAGAGGAGGAGGAGGAAGGCAACGAGCUGGAGGCGCCGCCGUCCCCUUCGGCCUCGCCCAUCCCCUCGCCCGCCCUGGAGGAGACGCAGAAGCACCGCCCCACCACGCUCAACCUGACGGCCCCGGGCACUCAGGUGAGGCCGCAGGUGUCCCCUUCCGUCAGGGUCUGUGUCCCACCCCCGCCGGGGUCACUGUCCCCAUCCCCCCCGGAGUCUGUGUCACAUCCCCCCUAG